AUGGGUAAGCAGAAUUUGAAAGAAAAGGAAUUAGAAUUCUAUAGAGUCCAGGACCACUGGCUUGAACAUAAAGAUAAAGAAAGCUGGGACCAAAUGUGGAUGUUCGUACAAAGAGCUGUAGAAGCAGCGAUAAAACAGAAACUGCAUGGAGUAGUCAGAAGAGACGUAGAUGACUUGGUUAUGACAGCUACGGUAAACAUAAUGGCUAGGUACAAGAGACCUCAAGGUUAUAAGAUCGAAUACUUGUUGACGACUGCAAGGUUCGGGGCUAUCGGAGUGCUCUAUAAUUCCAAGCAGAAGCAAAUUGACCAGGAAACUUCUUAUGAGGCAUGGACAACUUAUCAACUUAAACAAGAGAACACUGACAAGAAGCUUGAUAUGAUACGCGAGCUAAUUGAUGAUGGUUAUUUGUCAAAGGACUUAUCCGUGCUAGACAAUAAUAAGCUUGCUGCUAGUGAGGCUGCUGAUGCUAUAAGAGAGCUAGAGCAGAGAGUUUCGGUUUUGGAGUCUGAACUAAAGGACAGAGACGAGCGACUUAAGAAAGCUCGUAAAAUUGCUAAAGAAAUAAAAAAGACUUCGGAUCUUAUUCAGAAGGAAGUUAAAACAGGAGAGAAGAAAUAA